ACCAAAACUCUCAUACACCAUUUCUUGCAUGAACAGUCUCCACACAGAGAUUUUGGAGGGUAUAUUUGUCAACUUAGAAGGGAGAAGGAAAUAAGAGUUUCAAACAGAGGAACUCAUCAAAGAGACUCUCUCUCUCUCUCUCUCUCUCUCUCUCACUCAUUAUUCAAGAGUUCUAGAGAGAGAAAGAGAGUUUCAAAUCUAUACAAAAGGAACACUGUUUGUCUUGAUCGAUGAAGGCUCCAUAAGACGCGGGAAGCCAAAGAGAGAGAUGAAUGAAGAGAUCGCUUGAGAUCCAGAGUUCUGCAAUUCUGUUAUUUGCAAAAAAAUAAACAAUUUUUUUUUUGUGAGAUUCUAUAGAGAUGAGGAGAGCAAGAAUAGCUCUGUUGUGGUGUUUCUCUCUCUGUUUGUUCUCUGUUUUUGCUCUAGUUACUGAGAGCAACUGUGGAAGUGAUUGUUUAGAUAUCAGAAGUUCUACCUUGGAUUCUCAUGCACAGGUACAUGAUUGGCCGCGGGUGCGCAGGAGGAGCCUUGGUGGGCCCGGUUCGUACCCGCCACGGUGCAUAGGGAAGUGCGGGUGCUCUCCGUGCCGUGCGGUGCACGUGGUGGUCCCGCCAGGAGGUACUCCGGUGACCACCGAGUACUACCCAGAGGCUUGGAGGUGCAAGUGCGGCAACAGGCUCUACAUCCCCUAAUAUUAAUCCCACAUUAUUAAUCCCUAACACACCCUACUUAAAUCUUUAUCUUGUACUUAAGAAAUUAAUCGUCAUUAUUGUUUUAAUCAUAUAUUAUCACAUUAUAUUGAGAACUGAGAAGUAAAGAGCAGAGUAUUAGCAAUACAUAGUACUUAAUUAUAUACAAAUGCUGUGGUUUGUUUA